UGGAGGUCUGCUUACUCAUACUCUACUUACAGGCAGCUGAUCCUAUUUUCUUAGAUAGUAUCACACGGACGACUUGGACAUGGAUUCGAAGCAACAUCACUAACAACAACAAGUCCUCUUAAAAAUUUUUUUGUGUAGAUCUGGUAAAUAUACUUCGCCAGCCCAGUAGGAGAGGGUAAGCUCUCCUACUCUUUACUCAUGCGUUAUCUUCGCUCUUCAUCUAGGCACUCUUACUUACUCUUUUGACGAAUAAAAGUCCAAUAUCAACAAGAAGAUGUCUGAUUCCGAGCAUGACGAUUUACCUGGGGAGGUUCAGGUCCUACCAUCCACGAAAACAAUACUAGUGCAGCAUGAGCAUAUCCUAGUGCCAAAACCAAAAUGGGAAGCGAUGGUCCAUGCGUUGGCUAAGGUACUUAUAAUUUAUGAAAUGUACUUCUGAUGUAGAUAGAUUGGCAUUGGUUGAAUGAAGUGGAUGCUUUGGGGCUUAUUAAGGUAUACUAGGUAUCUCUGUAGUACUAGAAAAUCUCACCUUGCUUAUUCUUAUGCUUGUUCACCAGAUGAUUUUAUCUUUAUCAUGCCUUAUCAAGCUCAUACUGAUAAAAAGAUCUACGGAGGUCUUCUCGUUCAUCCUUUUCGCACAACAAACUCGUCAAAACCACAGCUCCGCAACGAGAGAACGACUUUACAGAGGAAUUUGGCUAAGGCUAGGCGCGGAUUACCAGUCGAAGAUGAGGAGGAGAAGCCAAAGAAAAAGCGUAGAGUGCGCAAUGAGGACUCAUCUUCCGGAGAAGAGCAGGAAGAGGAAGGAUCUAGGGGUCGAGGAGAACCACGUGCAAAUGGUAGAACGAAAGCAGAACACAAAUCAGAAGAUCAGAACAGGGCGAACUACAGGGAUACAACAUCUUCUAGAAGGAACGAGUCCUCUAGGAGUAGAGCAAGAGGAGGACGUAGAGGAAAUGGCAAUGAUUCUAGACGAAGAGGCCGUGGCGGUCGAGGUCGGGAGGACAGUCGAGACCAGAGAAAAAAUAGUCCUCCAGCGCGUCGUGAGAGGCGAGGAGGAGACCAGAGGGCGGAUAAAGAUGACGUCGUAGGUGGAGCUUCUAAUGGAGAGGGAGAUGCUGCUGGAGGAGUUAUGAAAGUCAAGUCUUAACGUAUUGAUUUUCCUAGCCAAGAUCCCAGUCCUAGACGUAUUGGACGAUGCUGCUCAGUCCUGGACGAGAUAAUCAUGCAUAUUGGUAGAGUAGUCAAGUCCAACAAUUACAAUAGUUCGACCCUAAUAUAGUAAAACCCUAUAGUAAAUAAAGUAAUAUCUUCUAAUUCAGCUGGCGAUGACGGAGUUGCUCCCGGUACCGGAGGUGAGGGCGAAGAUUUUCAGGCAAAUGCAGUACAGAUCAUUAAUCGGCUGACCGAAAUUUACAAUCGGCCUGUUCAAGCAAACGUGCCGGUUGAGAAGAAAGGUACUUCGUGUUGUACUUUUUGUGCAGGCCUUUUCACAUUAUUCACAUUUCACAGCACUGUUGUUUCACUACGUUUGAGCAAUUUCGGUCUUCGAUCAUAAAAUGUUUGUUCGAGUCAUAAACGUGAGUUUCUAAGGUCGACUUUGACAAGAUUAUUUUCUUCUUCUACCUAAAUUAGACUAACAGCUCCACCAACUACAUAUAAUCUUCUUCAGGUCCAGAGGUCGCACGAAAGAUGAGCGAGUAUUUGCAAUUGCUGGACAAGGAUGUCUCCAUAAAGACUCUGCAGGGGCAGGAGAUUCUGGGCAACUUUAGUGCCAUUAGUAAGCGCUACCAAUGCGUCUUUACCGAGAGUGGAACCGAAUUACUGAUGAAGACGCAUAAACGAUUCUAUUAAGGCUAUAUUUACAAGAUCAUAAAAUGUUUCAGCAAUUUCGGUCUUCGAUCAUACGUUUGAGCGAUUUCGGUCUUCGAUCAUAAAAUGUUUGAUGCAUCUAUGAUUUACAUCUACAACUCAAGGCGAAGGGCAGAGGUGAUCGGGAGAGGGGAGCCUUAGGCUUAGGGGUGAGGGGCUUCUUUCCUUUUUUCCCUUUCUCGGUUUUUCUUCUCGAGAUCGAAUCCUGGAGGGGACUCGACUGGCAGGGAGGUGGCCCCCAGGCUGGCCCCCGCGUUGCGCCAGACAGUUCGGGGAGAUGAGAACCCUGGGAAGCCUGCCGAGCUGACGACGCCGCGCCCACGCGGUCCACCAUGUGGCCCAAAACUCCUGGCCAUACAGCUGGACGGCAGGAGCUUGCUGGGCUGGAUGGUGCAAAAACACAGGGGGGCGCCACCUGGGCAAAUUCGCAAGGCCCCAGGGCUUCUUGGUGCCUGGAGGGGAACCCUCCGCACCAGAAGCGCCGACAGGUCUGGGCCAGGGGACUGCCCUCCCCCGAUCGGGGGAGUUCCAGCGCUCCGAAGUUGGUUUGGGGUCGCCUCUGCUGACCUUGCUGCAGUUCGGGCAUUUUCUUCAGCGCGUGCCAUUCUCUACAUAGCUGGGCGCACCGGUCGCAGAGGGGUGCUCCUAGAUGGUGGGGGCGAUUCAGCCACUGGCUGCGUGCCGCUGGCCUAUCUUCGUACGCCCGCGACCGGUCUGCCGUGUGCGGCGCGCUUGCAGUUGCCGAAGGCGAGGAGCUGGCACCGCUGUCAGGUCUUUCCACGGUCGUCCUUGCGCCUUCUCUCUUUUCUUCUCGAGGGGUACAGCGUUCGGCGCCUUGCAAUUGUUGGGGCAUUUUUGCGCACUGAUUAGCUUCGUGGGCAUUUUCUGAAGCCGUAGCAGAUAGGUUCUGCCGCGCAGGCCGAGCAGUUGCGAGCUUGGUAAUAAUUUGGAUUAGAGGCGUGGCGGAGUAGGUAAAUAACUGACAAAGCCCGGCAGAGUGUGCAGAAAUGAACUGGCGGCGCUGAAACCGCGCAGGUGCAAGCCUGACCCGCGUCGGCAUCUUGACGGGGCGGACCAAAUGACGCGGGACCGGAUGCAGAACGACGCGCCACGCGCCGGCUGUCGCGUAGUGUUGCGGGUGGUGUGUAUAUAUAGCCUGAGAUCUCCGAAGGAAGUGCCCCAAGAGGAGUGGGCUGGAGUCCGCGGGCGUUCUUACUGCGGGGGAGUCUUACUGGCAAGCAACUAGCUGGGGGCGCUUGAGAUAGAUCGCGCGGGAGGAAGCUGACGCAUGGGCUUACCCGCUGCCUCAACUAAAGGGCGCUGCGGUCGUGUUGUCUUCGACAGAGAUGCGGAAUAUGUCGCCGGAGAGGUUUCGCGCGGGUGCAGAGGCGGCACGAUAUUGAUCAAAUUGCUCCGAAGCGCCGGAGUGGCAACGGCGUCGCCGCUACUGGGCCUUCGGCUGGUUGGGGGGAGCUUGGUCUGCACUUGGGCGCUUCUUGUGUGCAGGUAGUUGGAGGCCACCGCUCAGCGAUGACAUUGCUAACAGAGGGGGCACGGCGCUCCUUUCUAUUCUUGUGGGCCUCGUAUCUCGCUGAACUCUACGACCCUAGGCACCUCAGUCAGGGCUGGCGGGCAAUAUCAUGCGGAGCAGGAGCCAGCGCGGGAAUACUAACGCCAGCGCCCAGGGCUUUUGUGGGCAUUGCGUCCACCCUCAGCACCAGCGCGCUAGUUUUGGCGGGUGUCGGCCCGUAUGUUAAUGCUUGUCGGCCAUGAGGGUCCGGCGGGGUCCGGCAAAUGCGUGGAGAUGGCCAAGCUGACAGGGCACGCGGUCCGUUUUGUCGUCCACUCUCAAGCUUCCUCGCGCGCUUUCUCUUGAAGAGUCUCGCGGAGAUAUGGCGGCGGUUUGGGAACCCAGGCGCGGCGUUCGGUAGUAGUAGCGGCCACCGAUGCGACUGCCCUGGGGGCGUAUCUGUUGGGAUGGAGAAGCAAGAGGACGGCCAAGCUGCUGGCUUUUGGUUUUCAGACUCAGGUCUUACUUUCAUUAUAAACGCGUGAGGAAAUGAGUAGGCACCCCCCUGAUCAGGGUAGUCCGCGCCCGCUCUCGGUUCGAACUGGUUUGAUUGCGUGGCCCUUACGUAUGAAACAGCGCAAAUAGACAAACUUGGCAGCGACGGCGCAGCUUUGCACGCCCCUGACCGACUGACCAAGCCGGCAAAGAAUGAAAGCGGCACGCCGCUCCACCCUGUAGAAGUUGCCGCCUUUUGGCGUCAUUCUUGGCCACAAAGUAGCACUUUCCGCUGUGUUUUGUGUGAUGUUUUCUUUUGCCUCUGUAUAAUAUUUUGCCCCCAGGCCAGGAUGAUUGAAUCGGCUGCCUCUCUUUGGAAAAAAUUUAGCCGCAAAAUAUAGCGCCAACUCUGGAGAUUCUGGGCGCCUUCUGAAAAUGUCGCCAGCCAGCGCCAGCUGUCGAGCACACUUCUUAUCCCAUUCGCUCGCGCCGGCCUCCGCCUUCAUAUUCAUUCUCGUCCUCGUUGCUUAACUCCGCGUGGCACCUCAUACUUAUACAUUCUUUACACCUCUUACUUAGUAGUUUGACAGGCUUUAGUAAUCUCUUGUGCCUUGCAACUAAGUAGCGGCCUUUGUAAUGUUCCUGUUCUAUUGUUCUCUAGGGAAUAGGACAGGAGGUUUCCCAUGAAGUCAAGCCACCCUCGUUUGUAUCCUGUAUUCUCGUCAAAAUGAAGAUAGUACAACAAUUAUUCAUCUGUUCUUCUAAUUUCCCUACGAAGUGAAACCCCCAGCACGAAGUGCAAUUACGUUGUGUCUCGACUUUGAGGAACAUCGGAAUCUGGUCAGCGCAAAAGCGGGGACGCAUCCAGACGGAAGAGAGGGACUAACGAAGCCGCGAAAUCAGCAUUUGAUUUUAAGGCGGAUGUUGUUAGUAGUUUCCCUAAUGAAGACUCGAGCCCUGUAAGUACCAACAUUGUUACUUAGAUGAACCCGAGCCCUACCCCUACCAUGCUGGUAUUGUUAUCUACCUAAAAGUGAACUCGUAUUCGAGCCCUCAAACAGGUCAAACAAAGUACUAAAUCUAAAACUUCUUACAAGUGAAGAGAGUUCUUACUAUUUCCGUUCAAAUAGAUCACUCAAAUAACCGAUAAUUAUAAGACAUCAUUUGGUCCUCGUUUUAACUCAAAGGAUAACCAGUUUGUUUUUCCCUCAUGUCCUGUGUUUAUCCCAUCAAACAAGACAUCAUUAUUUGGUCGUUUUGGUUGAGCACCUCUUCUUCUAAGUCUUGCGCUCUACGUUUGCUCAAACAACCUGGUGCAGAAAGUCUGGCUAGGGCAGGACAAGGAUAAGAUCAGCAGCAACCCGAAGAUGGGGAAACUCCAACUACUAUUAAGGCUCUCAGCCCUAAUCCAUCUCAAGAAGCAUCAAUCUCAAAGCUGUCCCGUAAGGGAAAAACAGGUUCGGGAUGAAUCCCAAGAUGGAUUCGGGUGGCUUCUAAUACUAGCGCAUCCGACGGUGAAACCUUUUAUCGACUUCAUCGGGAAAACUUACCCUAAUCACUUAAAAGGCACGAUGGUAUUCAACAGCUACCAUGACGUACCAGUUGUGGGGUGAAUGGGAGGACGCGAGGUGGGACGUUGCUUGACGUACCGGCGGUGGGAUGAGACGAAUUCGAGCUACCAUGACAGACCGGUUGUGGGGUGAAGGGAACAAUAACGGCCCGGGCGACGCUUGUGGGAAGAUCAUGAGAUCUUCAAUAACAGCGUCCAUACUAGUGUAUCACGUGCCGGUUGUGGUCGUUAUGGGCUGACGAGCAGGAGGCAGUUUGUUGCAGCUGGUUGUGUCGAAGAUUGGACGCUUUUGAUAUUGAAGACCUGGUGAUAUUUCAGAGCAUGUAUGCGACGCCCUGAUCCUGUUCGAAUCCAAGAAGAACCCUAAGCAUCGUGACGAAACACUAUGACGCCGCGCGGCAGUCUGCACUGAAAACUCCUGUGCGCGAUUAAUAUGGUUGUAUUGUUAUCUACUUAGCCCUCAACGCCUUGCUCAUCUACCUCCUGGACAAAAGAUCAGGGACUACGACGAACAACUUAUUCCCUUAUAUUGUAUUGUAUUGUUCUACCUCGACGUCUGAGACAGGUCUGCUCGUCCUGUUCCACCUCGUUCAAAAAGAAGAGAUCGUGUUGAUAAAGUGUAUCUCUUUCAAAUCCAAC